AGUGAGUGUGUGUGUGUAUGCGUGUGUAAAUGUGUGCGUGUGUGUUUGUUUUUCUUGAAUAAUUCAGAUCGCAGGGACCUGAAGGCUGGCAUGGGCGCCAAACAGAGCAGUCCUGCUGCCAACGGCCGCACGCGCGCGUACUCGGGCUCGGAUCUACCGUCGGCCACCGCGUCCGUUAACGGCAGAACAGCGGCGGUUUUACGGUAUAACAACAGUCAAGGAGCCUCAGGUGCUACAUCUGCCGCUUCAGCGUCUUCCUCCGCGGCUGUGGCCUCGCAGUUUAUCUCCUCCAGGACGCGCUCCGUCGGCCCGAGCGCGAGACCCCAAUCCGGGAUCAACAUCCCGAACUCUGGAGCGUACAGUUCGGCGGAUUCCGGUAACAGCACACCGGAGGAGCCCGGCGGAGAGAGAGAGCGCUCCACCGGCGCGCCGAGACUCGUGAUCGGCUCGCUACCUGCUCACCUGUCGCCUCAUCUCUUCGGAGGUUUCAAGUGCCCGGUUUGCUCCAAGUUUAUCUCCUCAGAUGAGAUGGACCUUCAUCUGGUCAUGUGUUUGACCAAACCACGUGUCACAUACAACGAGGAUGUGCUGUCGAAGGAUGCUGGAGAAUGUGCAAUAUGUCUGGAGGAGCUGCUGCAGGGAGACACCAUCGCACGCCUGCCCUGCCUCUGCAUUUAUCACAAAGGCUGUAUUGACGAGUGGUUUGAAGUGAACCGAUCGUGUCCUGAACAUCCUGCAGAUUAAAGCGCCUCUCUCACCUUUUUUGCACAGCCUCUUCCGCUGGUGAGACGCCUCCUGUCCUUCUAAAGGGACAGUAAUGUGAAUCCUCUUCCUCCUCAUAGACACUGUGACCGAGCGGGACGUCCCGAUCAGAGAACUCGGCCCUUCCUAGUCGCCAUAUUAACCCUAGUGUGCCAAAACUCAUUCAGGGAAACUGGCAGUCAUCAUACUGGCUGCUUUCUGCUCUCUGAUUGGCCGGACUUGAGGUCAGCUGACUCCCAUCUCGUUGCUGAUUGGACGAUGGGUUGAUUGUUCUGCUAAAUGGGACCGUGUCUCUCAGUGCCUUAAUUUUCAGAUGCGGCGGGCAGAAAAAGCUGCGUUUGGGACAGCAGAAGGGCUGGAUGGAAACGUCUGGAUAUGAAGGAUGUGUUUCCUGAUUCAGGACGGCUCCGUGCCACGGCCUGUGUUUGCCCCACACACUGGAAAAAGCCAUUAGUUACUUUACUUUAAAGCUGUGAGUCAAGCCAUUGCUUUAAAAGCAGCACGAUGAUUCUACUUUAGAAAUAAACAUAGUCAGUAAACCCACUGACUCUAAACGUUUAUAACUAUACACUUAGUUUGUGACCGUAAUAAUUAAAGUCAGCGAGUUUCCUCUGUCUUUGUUGAGUAAAGUCAACUAAUGGCGUUUUACAGUGUUGAUCUCCAGUCUGGUAGCAAUAGCUGGAUCUUCAUCUCUGCAGCUUUUAUGCAAGUCAACAUUUCAGAUUUUUUCCUUCAUGUCGAGAUUAUUCUGGGCCUUAAUUCAGCACAUCUCGUCCAGGUCAGAAUCAGAAGAAGAAAAAGUGCUAAAGGAUAUUUUGCAUAAAGAAAAUAAAGUGUUUUUUUUCUGGGAAA